CAAUGCCAUAAAUUAUGACCUUUUGACGAUAAUACCCUACGUAACUCUAACAGCAUUAUCUCAUCUAAUCUCAAAAUUGUUUCUGUACAGUUUUGUAUUGACUGAAAUCACGAUUACAACACAUAUCAGUUAAUCAAUAUGCGCUUAUUCAUCGACAAUUAUGAAGUCCGAAAAUGAUCCUAAAGCAAGCUAUUUUAUAUGUACUGGAAUUUCUGCUUUCUAAUAGUUGAUGCAUCCAAGUAAAUUGUUCGAUGACUCCAUAUAUCCUUCAGGUGUAUCAGUAAUAAUUAUAAAGAUAAGUCAGUGUAUCCACAAGUAAAUAGAUUAGAAAUCAACUAUUAAAAAAACUAUUUAGAAUGAGAGGGUACUGAUGACUGAGUUUAUGCUCAGUUUGCAAUCAAGAUUUUAUUAACCAAUUUGUACCGGAAUUUAUAUCUCACGCACACACAAAUAUAUUGAAUACACUACUAUUCAAAUGAAUUUUCCUGUUGAUCAUUUCUUUGUCUUAAUAAAUGCAUUUGUACAUUUAAUUGUAAACAUACAGUUGGUUUGGCUGAAUCCACAUGUAACUGAAGAAACAAUAAUAAAUAUACCGAAAGUAUAUUUCAUUCAUCCUGGUCCAUCUGUUUCAGGGAGUCAAUUAAUCAAGAAUCAAUUUCAAUCAUAUAAUGGUUCAUAUUUUCAGAAACCACAUAAUUACAAAGUCAAAAAGCACAAAAUGAAUAUUAAUACUACUAAUAAUCAUAAUAGUAGAUUUUCUAAUGUAACUCAAACAGAUUCAAAAUCGACGCACAAAAAGAUUUUUAAAGAUCAUAACAUAUCAAAGAACACAUUAUUCGUUGAAAGGUUACAUGAAAAAAUAAACUAUUUUAUACCAAAGUCACUAAAAUUUGAGCCAGAGAAAGAUUUGGCCAUAUUAUAUCCAGAAAGCAAUUGGCUUGACCCAUGCAAAGCCAAAUGGGUUUGACCUAUGCCGUUGGUGAUAAUGUUUACUGAAUUUGAUCAAUCUUGGUUGGCAACAGUUUCAACGAUGGGAUAAUUCAAAUUCAUUCUAAUAACGAUGUAAAUAACAUACUCGUUGCCCAAGUGAGCGGUUAUCUGGAUUUCGUAACUCAGUGAAUAACGUGUUGGGGUUUGAAGCGAAAGAUACUGGGUUGAAGUCCCAGUGUAAACAUCAACACUGGGUUGGCGAUGCAUACAUCCAAUGAGUCCCAACUGCAUACUAUGGGGAUAUAGCGUUGGAUGAACACGAAUCUCAGAUGAUGUUGUCAAAAGGCAUGGCAUUAUCUGAUGAUCCAUUACAAAUAUGGGAUUUGGAAGAUAAUAAGGAAACGAACAAUCGGAGAAAUAAAUAUUCUAACAUCCCUAAUUCAAAACCAUUGGAUGAUAUUAAAAGUGAAAUGAGCACUCAUUUAGGUGGUAACUCACGUCACUUGAAACAAAAGCAUAUUCAAAAUUACAAAGAUAUGGCAGACAGAAGUCUCCCAAACAAACUCAAAAAAUUAACAAGUGAACGAAGGGAAAAAUCGAGAAAGUUUGGUCAAAACUGGCAGAGAAAAAGGAAUGAAUUACUUAAACGUCGAAGAUAUCGCCAACUUAAGGCCAAAACACAAGCAUUUAUUCAGUUAAAUAAAUUUUAUCAGCAGAAAGCUGACAUAUUAAUGUUUACUCCUGAACAAAGAAAAAAGAAAGAGUUUUCUCAAGGUAAAAGAAGGUCUAAAAGGGCAGCUACAGCUUAUGUUUCAAGAACAUGGACAAACGGAGUUAUUCCAUACAUAAUACAAGCAAAUUUUUCAAGUGAAACUAAAGCUACGAUUAUGAAAGCUAUGCGACAUUGGGAAAAUUAUACCUGUCUUAGUUUUGUUGAAAGGCAACCACAUCACAGAUCCUACAUAAUCUUCACUGAAAAGGCAUGUGGGUGUUGUUCAUACGUGGGACGACGUAGCGAAGAUGAACCACAAGCCAUAUCAAUCGGAAAAAAUUGUGACAAGAAAGGGAUAGUAAUUCAUGAACUUGGUCAUGUGAUUGGAUUUUGGCAUGAACACACUAGACCUGAUCGAGAUGAACAUGUAGAUAUUCUACUCGAUAAUGUUGUUGAAGGACAAGAUUUUAAUUUUAAAAAAAUGGAUCCAGGUGAAGUGAACUCUCUUGGUGAACCAUAUGACUAUAGUUCUAUUAUGCAUUACGCUAAAGGAACAUUUGCUAAAGCGAAUAAAGAUGAAACAAUUAGACCAAAAGCUUGUUGUCCACGACCACCUAUUGGUCAACGUAUUCAGUUAAGUCCUGGUGAUAUUCGACAAACGAAUAAACUUUAUUUAUGUCCAGCAUGUGGUCGUACGCUUCUAGAACCAGUAGGAAGUUUGUCUUCACCACAAAUGGCAUGGAAAUUAGAAGAUCGUUUCGGUGGUAAUGCCAACUCUUCAUUAUUUCCCGAUCCGAUAGGUUUGGAGCAGUCCAUUCAACUAGGAAAUGCUAUAUCAGUUGAUCAUCUUUUACCUGAUGAUAACGAGAAUAUGUAUCAUCCUUAUCGAUCAUUAACAAAUGGUAAUACAAUUGAUGGUGGUGAAGAUCAUAGUUUAAUCGGUAUGGUCAAUGAUAAUAAUUAUCAGUUAAAAACAAUUCCAUAUAAUCCAUUCAAAGGAUCAUUCAAUAAUGAAGAAGUUCCAUUGAUAGCAAUGAGUCGUUUAUCUAAGUUAUCAAAAACAAGUUCAUCAUCUACUUUAGGUUUCACAUCAGCUAGUCCUAUACUUUGUCAAUGGAGAAUAAAUGCUGCAUCAGGUGAACGGAUACGUUUAAAUUUUACACACAUGGAUAUAUCUGGACCGAUAACACAGGAUUCUAUACAUACACCAAAUAAUUUAAAUAAUUUACAUAAAGCAUAUGAAUUAAAUCAAAAAAGUAUCAAUCGUAUCUCAUGUAUUAAUGAUUAUGUAGAAAUAAGAGAUGGAUAUUAUUCUGGUUCACCAUUAAUUGGUCGUUACUGUGGUCAAAAUUUACCUCCACAGUUAAUUUCAACUGGAUCACGUCUUUGGUUAGAAUAUAGAAGAUCUGCUGGGAGUAUGACUACAGGUUUUAUCGCUGAUUAUGAAGCUAUAUGUGGUGGAGAAUUACAAAUGGAAGAAGGGACACUAACAAGUCCAAAUUACCCUGAAUUUUAUCGACCAAGUAAAGAGUGUGUUUGGCAAAUUAUUGUUCCCGUUGGUUAUUCUGUUGCAUUGAUAUUUCAUUCAUUUCAGCUAGAAAAACAUGAUACCUGUGUAUACGAUUACCUAGAGGUACGUGAUGGUUUAAAAGAUACAUCCCCACUGCUGAAAAAACUAUGUGGAUCACAUCUACCCACUCCAAUUAAAUCGACCAAUAAUGUGAUGUAUGUAAAGUUUGUAUCAGAUAGCUCAGUAGAAAAACAAGGAUUUACGGCCACAUUUCAGAAAGAAUUUGAUGAGUGCAAAACUAUGAAACAUGGUUGUUCACAUACUUGUGUCAAUACACUUGGAGGUUAUCGAUGUCAAUGUGAGAUUGGUUAUGAACUACAUGCAGAUGGGAAACGUUGUGAAGAUGCAUGUGGAGGGGUAAUCAAUGAGUCGAAUGGUACUAUUCAAACGCCUUUGUUUCCUGAUUUAUAUCCACCUAAGAAAAAUUGUAUCUGGAAAAUUUUGGCACCACCUAAAACGACAAUUUUUCUUAAUUUUACACAUUUUAAUUUAGAAGGUCAUAAUCGAGCAUGUCGAUAUGAUUUUAUCAAUGUUUACAAUGGUUCAACAGAUAAUCAACAGAAAAUUGGUACAUUUUGUGGUGAUCAAAUACCAGAGCCUAUUACAUCCCAUACAAAUGAACUCAGUAUUGAAUUUUAUUCAGAUACAUCUGUACAGCGUACUGGUUUCAGAGCUGUAUUCUUUACUGAUCGAGAUGAAUGUGCUGAUAAUAACGGAGGUUGUCAACAUUUAUGUCGAAAUACAAUAGGAUCAUACCAUUGCGCUUGUCGACCGGGUUUUAAUCUUUACGGCAGAUAUGAAUGCAAAGAGAUUUUUACCUUAUUUAGUAUGAUGAUACGUACCUGGAUGGAUCAUUGUUUUUGUUUAACUAGACAUUAAAACUGGAUGUCAACAAGAUAUAUCUUCACCCGAUGGGGAGAUUAUCACUCCAAAUUGGCCAAAUGAAUAUCCCGUGAAGCAAAAUUGUCAUUGGAAAAUCACUGUAACACCUGGUCAUCGAGUGAAAGUUAUAUUUGCCGAUUUUGAACUUGAGUCACAUCAACAAUGUACAUAUGAUCAAGUUAUAGCUUAUGAUGGACCAACAAAUAGUUCCGCUUUUCUUGGUCAAUACUGUGGUAGUAGAAAACCUGGCCCAAUUAUUUCUUCACAGAAUCAGUUGUUGCUUACAUUUAAUUCUGAUUCGUCUGUACAACGUAAAGGAUUUCGAGCUCAACAUACUACAAUUUGUGGUGGUCAUCUAACUGCUGACAGUGUUCCGCAAACAAUUUAUUCACAUGCUAAGUUUGGUGAUCUCGAUUACGAAUCAAAUCAACAGUGUUACUGGACAAUUACACCAAAAUUAGAUAAUCAUACUGUUCUACUGAGAUUUCUUUAUUUUGAAGUAGAAGAAGAAACACUAUGCACGUACGACUAUCUUCGAGUUUUCGAUGGAGGUGAUCCUAAAGGAAAACUUCUGGGUGGUUUUUGUGGGAGAACUGAUAUGCACGCAUAUGCAAAAUCAGAAAAUCCAAUCUAAAUAAAGGAAAAAGUUUUAUCAUUUCAGAUGGGCACUAAUACGUGUACACGAGCUUACAUACAUGUACACAAACAAUUAAAUGCACACACACACACAGAAACCAAAAUGCUUAUCGGUUUAUUUUCUAUAGAAAAUAAAUGAGAAUAUCAACCACUUGGAGAUGUACAUUGAUUACCCUUGCUAUGAUUUAUCUAAACAGCCGAAACAUCAAUUAUCAUAAAUUUUAAUGGAAAAUCAUUCAAAACUAUUGUUAUUCCGUAACCAUUCUCCCAGACUACAUAAUUUUUGUUUUCACAAGAUUUUCACUUAGUUGGAAAUUAUUAUGUUGUAAAAUGUACAUUUUUUUUCAGAAAAUAUAUUAAUGGUUUAAUCGUUUUGACCAACAGGUUACUUAGUUAAUUGAUCUUAGUUGCUAUGAUCAUUUCUGUUGAUAAAUUUGACUACUGUCAAAUCACUGCUAAAAAUAGUUCUUCCCCCCAUAAAACAUAUGAUUUCUGUCAACGUCUACAAAUAUAGUCUAAAUGAAUUGCUCGGAUUGUGAUAAUUUUAUUUGACUAGACAAAUAAUCUCUACUAUAGUUAUAUGUCUCAAUCACACACACGCACACACAUUAGUAUUGAAUCCCGAAAUAGCUUGAAUAAUAAAUUCAAUAGUUUACUAACCAUACUGUUCAUGUGUUCAGAUCAAAAGUUUGUUUUUAGUAGGAUCUAAGAAAGAAACACACACACAAAAAAAACAAGUAAACAAACGACUUUUUUAAGUCUAAAAUAGUAUUGACAAUUAUUUACUUCACACACUUUUAAAAAGUGACGAUUUUUAUAUUCAAUCUCCAAUGGCAAUCAAUGUAAACUGCACAGAAACUAAAGUAAGACGAAAAAUAAAUAAAUAUUUAUAAUAAAUCUAUGAAAUUAUAAAUAGCUCCCAUUUGUCAACCUGUUAAUCCAAUUAAUAUUACAAUCAUAGUUUUUCUUAGUAGUAUACGAAUGGGGGGUUUUUGAUAAUGGUAACAUAAAUACGUUCUAUCAGGGGUACUUCCUGUCACCAGUUAAAAUGUAACAAUUAAUUGGGAAAAAUAAUCAACUGAAUCUACCUGUCUAACUUUACCAACAGUAAUAAAUAUUAUAAGAGAGAAUGCUAAAAAAAUUAGCUCAAUUGGCCAAUGAGUGCUUGUUCCGAAUAUUUAGAAAAUCAUGAUUAUUAUUAUUAUUAUUAUUACCAUGAUUAUAAAUAGUAACAUUAAACUUGUCAAUAUUAUCACUAAGAGAUGAAAAUGAAAUAUAUGCAGAAAAUGACCAGUUCAUGAAACAAUUGAAAUAAUGGUUCCUACUGCUAUUAAGAUAAUAAAUUUGGAUAAAAUUAAACUGAUUAUGUUGAUGAACUAGUAGUGGUAGUGGUGGUUGGUUGUAACGAUUUUGGUACCAUUUCGUGGAAAUUUGUUUUAAAAAACUGAAUAUACCAAUGGUCACGCAAUAUCACAAAUUAGCUGUAGUUAUAAAUAUAAACCAUUGGAUAACAGCUUAGUGAUACAAAAGUUCGUUACUGGUACCGAAGCCUGCAGGUCCAAGAUUUGUUCUUUGGUAGAAUCAUGAAUGCUGAGAAGUCCUAUAGUAGGGCGAAAUUGAACUCUUAUCCUUCUUGAUUUUCAGUGGUAAGAUCCAAUAAUGUAAAGUACAACAAUAAAUAUUGACUUGAUUUUUUUCAUUUAUUACCAGCCGACAUUUUCCAUAUAGGAUCUAGUAUAUUCAAUACCAACGUUUAAAUGGCCUGAAUAUCUAUUCAAUGAAUUGACGAUCCUGAAUAGAUUUACAGAUAAAAUUACUGCGUAGUUAAAGCAAUAAAGUAUUUUGUAGAUACCAUAUUUCAAUAGAUCUACUUCAAGAAAUUUUGUCAAGUAUUUAAAUGUUUCUGCAUUUGCGGAAAACACUAACCAUACAAAACACCUGUUCAAUAUUCCAAUUUUGUUUGUUAUGCUGGUUAUUAUCUAUCAUAUGCAAAUAAAUGAAACUACUAGUCUUUUCUUCAUAUUAUUUUCUUCUUGUCAAAGUUACCGAAUACAUUUUUGUCAAAUUCUGGACAACUGUAUCUUCAGUUUGUUAGCGACGAUACAAUUGGUGGUAAAGGUUUUCAAGCACAAUAUCAAAUGAUUCCAUAUGAUUUUAAAUUACCGAAGCAUGAAAUCGAUUCACAAGUGUUAAUCAAUCAAAUACCAUCUCAUUCAUCUUCCGCUUCUUCUUCAUCUUCCUCAUCAUCAUCUCCAUCAUCAGUUUAUUAUGGUAAAAACGAAAUGUUACAGCAAUAUCAACCAUUUCAUGGUAAUCGUUAUUUAUUUCCACCAGCAUGGGGCACCGGAAGGAUUCGUUAUUUUGGUGAUAUGCGUAGUUCUGAAAUGACUGAAAAUUAUCAAUCUACUCGACCUUUUAAUUAUAAUCCGUCAUAUCAACAUGUAAAACACUCAUCAACUAUACAACAGACAAAUCCUAUGAUCUACUCACAAAAUAAUAUUUAUCAACGUCGCGAUGGAAGACUUCCUGUUAAUCGAGAUAAUUCCCAAUUACCUUGGCGAUUUGUUUAUACCUAUCCACAAGCUAAAAGUUCAUCAACUAUAACUGCUACUAAUAAUCUUUUCAGAUCCAGUCCGUCAUACACAACAUAUAAUUCCCGUUCAUCUAAGCAAACUUCAAGUCAAAGUAGAUCACCAGCAGAAUUUCUACGUACAACUAUGCGACCAGUUUCUCCUUUACUAUCGCAAAAUGCAAUAAAUUCAAGAAAUCCACGUAUAAGUAGUACAUGGCAUGUACGACCUGGUCGUAUUGUACACCAACCUCAAUUAAAUAUCAUUAACAGAAUAAUUCAACCAAAUUCAAAAAAUUACCAAUCUUCACCACGUGAUAUUCUUCGACAAGUAAAAUCACAUUCGUAUCAACGGAAGCAAACAGAACAAAAUCCCAAAAGUCCUAUGCGUUUUCAUGUAGUCACUCAAAGGAAUCGAAGCCCACCAUUGUUUUCCGGUGGUAGCCAAUGGAAACAGAGAAGUAUGCCUUUGAGUAGUAGAUCACGUUGGGAUGAUAGAGCUAUUAGAGCAUUUUAAUUAUUAAAUAUAAAUUAUAGUAUUGCUUCAUUUUCUUCUACAAAUGCCUCAAUUUUUUUUUCUGGUUUUGUUUUAACUUUAUCUAAAUUCAUAGACGGAACUGAUUGUAAUGAAAAUUAAAAUAAGUUUAUUUUUGCAUAAAGAGAAUUUUAUUUGUGAGACAAUUAAAUCUUUAAGGUUUUGCUUAAAUGAAACGAAAUAAGCUAACUGUUCAAUAGAUAAACGACGUUUAAUAUUUCAAGAAUAGCUGGAAUUACAAUCUUAUAAUAACUAAAUUAGUUAUUAAUUUUAAAUGAAAAUAAUAAUCUAUUCCCUAUUGCAUUUUGUAUAAUAAUUAAAAAGUCUAUCACUACUGUUAAAUUAGGUAAUGUUUAUUCGAAUAUAUUAACAUACAAUUAGAAACAUGACAAAUAUAUUUGGUGUGGAUAUGUAUUGCAUUUUAUUAUUAUUCUAUUACUCAUUUAUUGUAAUUUAUUCACUCCAUAUUUCCAUGUUUCCAUUUGUUUCUCGAUUGUUCUUUUUUUUGCAUAAAAAAUAAGUAAAGUAAAUAAAGAUGAACACACAAUUUAAAACAAACAAACAAACGAAUAACCUUUGUAUGUAUUGAAAUUCAAACUUCUUGAAUAAAUAUUGUGAUGUAAUUAAUGUUAGUUGAAACUUUUGUUUAUUUCAAUGAAAGGUAAAUGUGCUAAUGAACUGCUAAAUAAUUUCAUUGAUUUCCAUUAUUUAAUAUGAAUUUUAAUAGUUGAAUUCAUGGGUCAUUUAAGACUAGACCACUAUGGAAAACCUGGAAGCAUUGGACGGCCGUUCUAUCUUAUUGUGAGACUCCUCAACUGAUAGGAG